CAAAAAGCGAUACCGGCUUGGCAUGGCAUUGCCAUUGCCCGCGCAGAGUUCAUGGUCGGUAGUUGUUUUUGGAUUACCCACAUUUUAAAGCUGUCUGCAAAUAACAAAUAAUACUAGCAUGCCACGCUCGAAAGUUGUAAAAAAACAACAACCGGCAUCAGAGUUGUCUGCAACAAAUGGUAAUGACGGGAUACCUGAGGAGGGGGUCGCUGAUGUAGCUACUGCUAUCAAACAGCCAACUAAGAGUAAAGCGCGCGGAAAGAAAGCACCAACAGCAACGACAGAUGGUGACAUGAAUGUUGCACGGGAAGAAGAUGAAGUUGUUGUAAAGAAAACUGUAGUCAGAUCCAGGAAGAAGCCUGUUGAAAAAGUGGAGGCUGUGGCGGAGGAAUCAGAACCACCCAAACUAAGAGGACGCGCUAAGAAAUCACCUACAGAGGUUAGUGAUGCGGUAAAGACUAAAGCUAAAACCACAAAGCAACGCGUAAAAAAGGAGAAAACGCCAGCGCCUGAAGAGCCUGAAGUAAGCAAGGGACGGGCUAAGAAAGUGAAAACACCCCUAAACGAAAAAGCUGCUAUUGUUGACGUACCGAUCAAGGAGGAGGAGCCAAAAGCGCGCAGUCGUAAAAAGGAGGCAGAGAAAAACGAUAUAAUUGAGACAGACAAGCAGCCAGAACCUGUUAAGGGGCGUUCUAAGAAGGUUUUAACUGAUAUUGGUUCCAAAGGAAGGGCAAAAAAAGUUGAUGCUGUUACAGAGGUAGUAGUAUCUGCAUCAACAACAACAGCAAAGCGUGUGCGAGGUACUAAACGUUUGGCAGAUAGUGAAAUUUCCGACCUGGUAGAAGCAGACGAAGAACCAGAGCCUGAAGUACCGCUAGUGGGCAAGAAACGAACCAAACUAACGAAGAUAAAUAAUGAAAAUGUUGAGGCUCCUGUGAAGAAACGCGGCAAGAAAUCAGCAACCGAUGAUCCACAGCAGGAGACGCCUAGUGUUGAGGCCCCAAUAACUACCAAGAAACGUGCCCAAAAGAAAGUCAACGACAAACUAGAUGCAGAGCUGAAUUUGCCAGAGACCAAGCCAGCACGCAGCCGCAAGCGAGCAGCUGCUAAUGGUGAGGAGGACGCUGAUGCCAUUGCAAUUGACGAAGGUGAUGGCUCAAGAAGUACGUUGACGGAGCCCGGCUGUGGCACUGCGGUAUUGAAAAGUUUGCAAAAUGUGCUUAACUUUUGUCUUCCAGCGUCCAAGGCCAAAAAGCAAACAACACAGCAGGUGGAUGCCUAUGAUAAAAGUCUAUUUACAUCGCCAACGGAUAAGGAAUUUAAUUUGAAAAUCUCCAGCUGGAAUGUGGCUGGCCUGCGAGCCUGGUUAAAGAAAGAUGGAUUAAGAUUUGUGGAUUGUGAACAGCCAGAUAUAUUCUGUCUGCAGGAAACCAAAUGCGCUAAUGAUCAGCUACCGGACGAGAUGGCGCGACUGCCCGGCUACCAUCCAUACUGGUUGUGCAUGCCCGGCGGGUAUGCAGGCGUCGCCAUUUACAGCAAAAUAAUGCCCAUAAAUGUGGAAUAUGGCAUUGGCAACAAAGACUUUGAUGAUGUGGGUCGCAUGAUCACCGCCGAAUAUGAGAAAUUCUAUUUGAUCAAUGUGUAUGUGCCGAAUUCAGGACGCAAGCUGGUUAACCUGGAAAUGCGCAUGCGCUGGGAGGAAUUAUUUAAGGCUUAUGUCCAGAAAUUGGAUGCCCUCAAGCCAAUUGUAAUUUGUGGCGAUAUGAACGUUUCGCAUUCCGAGAUCGAUUUGGCUAAUCCAAAGACAAAUACUCGAAACGCCGGCUUCACCAAGGAGGAGCGCGAAAAGAUGUCUGAAUUGCUGGCCCUUGGUUAUGUAGACACCUUCAGGCACUUUUACCCCAAACAGACUGGUGCCUACACCUUCUGGACCUAUAUGUCCAAUUCGCGAGCCCGCAAUGUUGGCUGGCGUUUAGAUUAUUGCAUUGUCUCCGAGCGGUUUGUGCCGCGCAUCGUGGACAAUGUGAUGCGCAGCCAAUGCCUGGGUAGCGAUCACUGCCCCAUUACUGUCUUUUUAAAUAUUUAAGUACACAUAACGUGCAUAAUUAGAU